AUGGAGACUGACGCCAGCAAAUAUUUACAGUCUAACGACACUCGCAGCUUGCUCGAUGUGGUAGACAAGCUUCGAUCACAAGGUAUCAGCAAGUAUGUAGACUUGCCAGAAAUCGUUGUCUGCGGUGAACAGUCGGCUGGCAAAAGUUCAGUCCUCGAAGCGUUGUCAGGCAUGACAUUCCCCAGCAAGGACAAUCUCUGCACUCGAUUCGCAACUGAGCUCAUACUUCGAAGAGCCCUGGAUGAGAGCACUGAUAUCAGUAUUGUUCCAGGUGUAGACCCAGAACGCUGUCAGGCGCAGACAGAUAUGCUACAUGCGUUCAAAGUUUCUGACUCGGACGGGCCACUCGACUUGGGUGAUGUCAUUGAGCGGGCUAAAGAGUGCAUGGGUAUCACUGAGUUCGGGAAGGUUUUCAGCUCAGAUAUUCUGCGCAUCGAGUUAUCUGGUCCGCAUCAGCCACACCUGACUCUGGUCGAUCUUCCAGGCCUCUUUCAGGCAGGUAGCACUACGCAGUCUGAUGAAGAUUGUGAGAUUGUCAAGACGAUGGUACGAAAGUAUAUGCAAAGCCCGAGGAGCAUAAUCUUGGCCGUUGUGUCAGCUAAGAACGAUUUCAACAACCAGAUCAUCACCAGGUACGCCCGCGAGAUCGAUCCCCAGGGAGAGCGUACUCUCGGGCUCAUCACGAAGCCUGACACACUACACGCCGGUUCUGACAGCGAGCGCUUUUAUGUGGACCUUGCACAGAACAAGGACGUCAAUUUCAGACUAGGAUGGCAUCUGCUCCGAAACCGCGACUAUCCCGCACGUAACACAUCCCUGGAAGAGCGCAAUAAAGUCGAGGAAGACUUUUUCUCGAAAGGGAUUUGGACUUCUCUCCGACCAACACAGCUUGGAGUGGCUGCCUUGAAGCCGCGGCUAAGUAAAGUCUUGAGGGAUCAGAUCUUGCUACAGUUGCCUCAUGUAUUGUCCCAAAUUGAGGAAGGUAUUACAGAUUGUACAGGACGACUUGACCGUCUUGGGGCAUCGCGGGCUACGCUUUCCCAGCAGCGACGUCACCUUUUGCAGGCCAGCGAGCAAUUUACCGCCCUGGUACAAAAUGCUAUCGACGGUUCAUAUUCCAACCCAUUCUUCGGAAAAGCAUCCACCACAUCAGGCAGACAGAAGCGACUGAGAGCAGUUGUACAGAAUACCUUGGCCGAGUUCGAGCACUCUAUGCGUGUUGACGGUCAUGCGCUCGAAAUCGUGGAAGUCAAAGAUGUAAAGCAAAAGAAGCAGAUAUCUCGCCAGUCUUACAUUAAGAACGUCAAGGAGCUCCUGCAACACAGCCGAGGUCGUGAGUUGGCUGGACUGUUUGACCCUUUGAUCGUUGGUGAACUCUUCGGUGACCAAUGCCAGCCCUGGAACAACAUUGUGGACACAUACGUGGACAAGAUUGUUGAUGCCGCUUAUUAUCUCGUUCAGACGGCUCUGAGUCACGUUUGUGACCAACCGACCGCGGAAGGAAUUCUUAAUCAUAUUGUGUACUCAAGCAUGGAGAAUUUUAAGGCUGAGUUGCACGAGAAGGUCACAGAAAUCAUGAGACCUCAUUACGAGGGUCAUCCUAUCACCUUCAACCACUAUCUCACAGAUAAUGUCCAGAAAGCUCAAGCUGAGCGUCGUAGGAAAGAACUUGAGAAGUCUAUUUCGGGAUUCUUUGGGGACGAGUUUGACAGUGGAGACAUGAACAGAGUUUCGUUCAAUAUGAGUUCGCUUCUGAACCUGCUGAACAAGCAGACUGAGACUGAUAUGAACAAUUAUGCUAGCUCUACCGCCACUGACUUCAUGCAAGCGUAUUAUAAAGUUGCAUUGAAGAAGGUUGUUGACGACAUCAGUGUCUUGGCAAUUGAGGCAUGUCUUGUUCAAAGACUGCCCGAGCUUUUUGCCCCAGCUACGGUUUUUGACAUUGACGAUACUACAGUCAGAACUAUUGCAUCUGAAAAUGAAGAAUCUGUCACGGAGCGGGUCCGCUGCUCAGAGAAGCUCAAUAUACUUGAGGAAGGCAUGGUUGAACUCAAGAAGCUUCGGAAGUUUCAGCCAAUCCAUUCAGACUGUGAGUGA